AUGGUCACGAAAAAGCCUUUGAACAUAAAUGACGAAGAUCUUGUCGAUGGAUUGAUUGAGAUUGAGGGAAGGCCUAUGGAUCAACCGACAUCCAUGUCAUACUGCCUUCAGCGGAUCCGACUAGGCGAACUGUGCCGUGAGAUCACUGACAGCAUUCCCUUUGCUGAUAUCGGGAAUCAGCUAUUUGACUAUGACAAAUUACGGAUAAUCGAUAUGAGGAUAUGUGAAAUCACGAAUGGGUUGCCAAAGUUCUUCUCCCUCGAUUACAAUGCAGGCGAGCUUCCAGUAACGGAUCCACGGAAAUCACCUGGCAUUAUCAUUCAACGAUAUGUCAUAAAUUCUUUAAUUCACACCCAAAGAUGCAGACUGCAUCUUCCAUAUCUAUCCCGGGCAGCCACGGAACACGAUCUCAAUUUCUCGCGAGAGGCAUGUUUACAAGCCGCGCGCACAACUAUCCAAACAGAACGACUCUUAUCAACAGAGCAGAUUCCUUUUGUACUUGCACGAUUGAAGUUUUCUGGUGUUCUGCAUUGUGUUUGUGUGGCAAUCAUCGUCUUGUUGAUGGAUGUUUGCCUCAACAAGAAUCUGCGGCCAGAGCAGGAUCGGGAACGACGAGCGGAGAUUUUCGAUGCUUUCCAGAUUCUGGAAGAGGCAAAGGACCAAUCGCCCUUUGCGGAAAAAAUUCUGGAAUCGUUUUACGCUUUUCUCUGGCGAAAUAAAGUCACUCUGCCUGACAGCAAUGGCAAGCCCAGUCGAAGAGCCAAUAAUGCUCAGAGUCAACAGCCACCCUCUGAUUUGAGUACUGGGUCUACAUUACCGACUGUUUUGACUGGUGAUGAUUUAGUAGGAAACAACCCAUUGGAUCCGAGCCUUCCGACAUUCGAUGAAAUCUGGCAGACUUUUGAUAGUAAUGUGGAUCCGACUUCAUUUUUCGACUGGAAUUCCCUGUUUGCCGAGUUGGACUCACCAUUCCUUUCGAUGUGA